GAGAGCAGCCUUCGCCGCAGCGAACUCUGGGAUCUUUCUUUCCUGCUUGGGCUCUGAGACGUGAAGGAUGGGCAAGUGUCGCGGUCUGCGUACAGCCAGGAAACUGCGUGAUCACCGUCGUGAGCAGAAAUGGCAUGACAAGCAGUACAAGAAGGCUCACCUGGGCACUGCCCUGAAGGCCAACCCCUUCGGAGGAGCUUCCCAUGCCAAGGGAAUCGUUCUUGAGAAAGUGGGUGUUGAGGCUAAACAGCCCAAUUCUGCCAUCAGAAAAUGUGUCAGGGUCCAACUCAUCAAGAACGGCAAGAAGAUCACCGCUUUUGUUCCUAAUGACGGCUGUCUGAACUUUAUUGAGGAGAACGAUGAAGUUCUGGUGGCAGGGUUCGGUCGUAAGGGCCAUGCCGUGGGUGACAUUCCAGGUGUCCGUUUCAAGGUGGUCAAAGUGGCCAACGUCUCCCUCUUGGCUCUUUACAAAGGCAAGAAGGAGAGACCCAGAUCAUAAGAUUGAUGCCCCUGGAAUUCAAUAAAGUGUUUUCAGUUCACUUUA